AUGGGUUCGCAAACGUUAAAAAUCCUGCGACAGGGUGUGCUGGCCAGCUUAACCGGUGGCUGGUACUAUGACGUGCAUCAGAAUGUGUUCUGCAAUGCCGUCCAUCUGUAUAUCUGGCUGUUUUUGUUGUUCCUUCCGUUCAUCAUUUAUAUGUACUUCCCGACCACCGUAGCUGUAUGGAGCAUUUACUGUGUGCUGAUCGCGAUCAUCAUCACGUUCUUCAAGAUGGUGAACGUAGCGCUACAUCGCAUGUACGAUCGGGCACGUACGCUUUCGGAAACGAACCUGAAGAAACCGGGAAGCGCGAAUUCGAAAGCAGCACGCGAAGUGGACACAGGAAUUGGCAUCGGCGGAGGUGGCUCGGGUGACGAUGAACCCGGCAUUGAAAUGCAAAUCCUUGGCACGGUGGAAGUUGUGGGCGGUACGCCACCAGUGAAUGUAUCGUCCCGUACGUCGGUCGAACAUCACAGCGACGAAAACAGCUACGCCAACAGUGCAAUGUCGAUUGACUACCAGGAGGUGACCAGUACGAUCGACCUAAAGGUGGACGUACAUCGCAAGAACAGCUCCGAAUCGAGCGAUAGUGGACUGAGCGGGGCAGCUGCGAGCGCGGCGGGCGGUGCUGGUAGUGGUGCGGGUGGUACCGGUAGUGGAACUACCGGUCUAGGAGCUGUUGUUGCGUCUGCGGCUUGUAGUGACGCUUGCUUUCGAAGCGAUCGCAUCGCGGAGGCAAACAACGAAACACCAUUCGGUGCACCAGUCGUACGAUACGGUGGACCGGUGCAAACGCACACGGCGGAAGUGUGCAGUACCGGUACGCACAAGCGUUCCCUUUCCACGCCCAACCAGGAUCGGUUUUCCGAGCUGGUGCUCGAAACGGUGAUGCGCGAAAUGACCCGUGAAUUUGGCGAUUUACCAUUGGCAGCAGGAGGUACGAGCAGUAGUGGUGGGACUGGUGGAGUAAGCAAUGCGAAGGGUGAGGCUGGACCGCGGAUGGCCGGUGCACAAUCGAACGCAUCGUUACGACGGCAUCAGUACAAAUCAAAGCGGAAACAGCGGUUCAUGAACAGCCAGCUACAGCGCCAAAUAUCGCUCGAUUCGGAAAAGCUGAAUGGCAGCAACGUGUUUGCGGAUGAGCAAACUGAUGGGGCGCAUGGUGGCGGGGGAGAAAUGGCCGAAGGUACGCGCAAUCGUCGCAGGCCGGGUGGCAGUGGGAACGCUGUCGGAGCAGAGGGAGGAGGAAUGCAGCUCCAGCGGCACCUUAGCUCGGAUGAUCAAAACAACAAAUCGGUCGGUUCGUUGUUUCACCAUCAGCUACACCAUCAUCACCAUCACCAUCACCAUCACCAUAUGCUGGCAUUACAGAACCUCGAUCCGGAUCUGUACAUGGACCAUAACUACACGAAAUCGGCCGUACAGCUUGCGAUAGCGGAUACGGGCAGUGGGAACGAUUCGUCGAACAAAAUCACCUACCUCCUGCAUCAAACCACUCCAAUUAGGCGGGAUUCCAGCAGUACCAUGUCGGCGUUACAGCUACCGACGAUUGCGAGCAGUAGCAGUGGCCCCGUUGGUGGUGGUUCCAUCGUUGGCGGUGUGUCCGGUGAGGGAGUAGGCUCGGUUGGUUUGGGGACGGGAGGCGAACGGACGGUUAGCAGGGGUGGUAAUAAUUCGUCCGGCAAGCGACGCCGACACUCGAACACUACGAACACCACCAGCGGUAAUGGUACCGGAAGACCACUGCCACGAUCACUCACAUCCGUAAGGAGGAUAAAAAGUGCCGCACUGGAAACGUGCAGUCCCGCCUCGAUACCGAACCUUACACCAACACACCCGAACAGUGUGGAGGUGAUCGGUGGCCAAACGCUGCGCAAUCCCCGGCACACUGUGUUACCACCGCCCAGCAAGUGCUUGUCGCGCAAUCCGUACCUGAAUUUGUUUACUAAAUCAAACGAGGGCAGCAGUGGAACGGGGCUGGUGGAUGUGUGCGGUGGCGGUAGCUCGUCCGGCUUCAUGGUGACCGGUUGUGAUGGGGUUGCUGCCUUCGAAUCGGUGCUACCCGGCGCCACAAACGCGGGCAGCGAACCGGUCUAUCCGAUCGCGGAACAAUCGGAUGAAAGUACGCCGGUAAAGAGUACAGCGUCUCGGUUGUUGGCGCGUGAUGAAAACACACCACCGGUACAACGAUUUGAUCUGCAUUCCGAUUCGGACGAAGGCGAUGGGCUGGAGGAUGACGAAGAUGACGAUGUGGAGGACGACGGGGAUGAGGAGGAGGAGGAAGACGAGGAGGAGGACGAGGAUGUUGAGGAAGACGAAGAGAACCUCGGUCGCGAGAUGGAUCGAGAGGAUUGUGUGAGUCGGCCGGAUGAUAGAGCGACUCAGAGGGGGGAUGACAAUUAUUAUGCAGCGGAAGAACUGAAAAAGAACGAACGGAUAGGUGAUAGCGAAGAAGAUCUCACAUUGCACGACCAGUUAAGGCGAUUGCAUCACCAACAGCAGCAACAACAAAGAGUUCCAGAGACGGAGCCGGCUGUGGUUCAUGAUGUAGUUGCAGGGGAGGCCGGCACCGGUGUCGUAUCGGACAUGGAACAUCCCGAUAGUGGGCUGCAGUCGACCGAUUCCGACACGGAAACGAAUGCCGGUUCACGAUCGCCGCUGCUGGAACCGCGUACACAUCGAACAAAUUCUGAGCAGCAGGUCGGUACGGCCACGAUUGUGGAAGCGAAAAAUCCUGCCUGCUGUGCCAUAGUGCCUCCUAAAAUGAUCGGCAGCGAGGUGAAGAAGACAUCCUCGAGUCCAACGAUUAGCUGUAGCGAUAGUAGUACCACCACCAUGCACCACGUACACCACCAUCACAUACUGCGCUCACCGCUCAAAGCGUUCGAGGAAACGGGAUGCCUUUCAUCGAGCGACUGGGAGCAAGCGAGUGCUAGCUCGAAAGAUCUGCUAAUUACCAAGGAAGCUAGUAUCACGUCGAAAGAUGGAAUCGCAGGAGGAACAGCACUGAAGAAGGCCGUUACCGGAAGCGAAUCUGAUCCACAGAUUCCUGGCUCGAGUGGAGCAACGGCAGCAAGAUCGAAGGCAAAAGAUGAAUCCAACAUAGCCAGUGCUUCGACUGCAACGGAGGCGGCAAGCGGGUCCUCCCUAUCGGUGUCACAACUACAACAGCAGCGAAACUUAGGAGCCAUACCGAAAACAUCACCACCGGGUCGGAGUGCUAGCGUUCGGCGGCUGAGCGUGGAGGAAAACUUUCCUACCACGAGUAGCAAAAUUUACAAUCGUUCCCUUUCCCAACGGCUGCUAGCCGAACGAAUACCGGAAAAUUCAACUGCCGCUCCACUGAUAACGUUUCUGAACUAUCGCUCGGAUGUGCCAAUACCUCCGAUCUAUCUGCCCGGGAACAGUGCACUGUCGGAGCAGCAAACGGCUAGCUUCACGUUUCGUCGACCCGCACCAUUACCGGCACGUCCCUACCGUCAGCUAAACUGUCGUUUGCGGAUGCUCAAAUCGGAUGGAGCAGGAAGCGAUAGUGGCGCUGGAACAUCGUCAUCAAUGACACAAGCAGCAGGUGUAUCAUCUUCGUCCGGUGCCGGAUCGACCGGUACGGGUGGUGAUUAUUGGCGGGACGAUGAUAAUAACAACUGCAACUACUGCCUAGAUGCACUCGAAAACCCUCAAACACGGUUGCAAUCGCUGGCAUCGACGUCUACGGCUUCCGGUGGAGGUAAUUUCGCUGCUGGGUAUUCCGGUGGUGCGCGUAGUAUCUGUCACGAUGCACUGAUGCCGGGAGCCGUUGGAGAGGUGCCUUUAAAUUUCUACGUCACGGACGACUCUGACCGCUGGUUGCGCUGUGCGGCAAAUGUGAUAAAGGAACGGUUCGGUGUACUGAACCAUCAUCUACAUGCGAACCCGUACAUACAUCACCAUCUUCAUCAUCAUCGAACGAUCAGCAUCAGUGGGCCAUCGACAAGUGGAACGGCGGGAGUGAUUGGAGCUAUGGGUAGUGGCGGCGUCGGCGGAACAAAUGGAUUGGCAUCGGGGGGCCCUACGGUUGGGACAAUCUCGUCCGCGGGCGAUGAUUUCAAUACGGCUUCGAUCAACUCGGGUAGCGGUAUCGCGGAUAAGACGAUCGUCGCAUCAACCGAUUGCAGUUUGUCGCGCGCGCAAAGUACAAUCGACGUAGUGCCACAUUCGAUGUUUGGGGAAUCUGGACCAAAGGUGCGUCCCAAGCGGUACUACAAGCUAUCGUUGCGGUUUCUGUGCUUCCGGGAGCAUCUGAACAUAUCGAUGAAUCGGUUACAGCUGUUGGCAUUGUUCGAUCGUGACACGAGCUGGGUACAGGUGGUACUAGCGAUCGCACUCUGUACGCUCGUUUCGCUGCUGGGAUCACUGGUGCUGUACCUGAAGUUCUACGAAGAUUUGUACGCCUUCCUGUUCUGCUUCGUUAUUGCCGGGAGUCAGUAUUCGCUGCUCAAGAGUGUCCAACCGGAUGCGGCGUCACCGAUACAUGGCUUCAACAAAACCGUAACGUACUCGCGCCCAAUCUACUUCUGUCUUUGCUGUGGACUUCUGUUGGGUGUACAUCAAUUACUGCGCGAAUACCAGCUCGGAUUGACGCACGAUAGCGUGGCUAUUGUGCUGUUUGGCUUUUCGAUCUCGAUCGUUGCGUUUUUGCAAUCGGCCCAGACCAUACUGGCGGUGGGGAUACUGUUCUUUCCUGUACUGUUCAGUCUGGGGCUAUUCCCGCAGAUCAAUACCUUCACAAUGUACUUCCUGGAGCAGAUCGACAUGCAUCUGUUUGGCAGUAACGCAUCGUGCAGUUUACUCGCCUCGUUUCUCUCCGUCGUACGAUCGAUCGUUGCCUGUACGCUGCUGUUUGGAUUAGUGUAUGGAGCGUUGUCCGAAACCGGAACCCAACACGUUCUGUUUUCGAUGUAUUGUGCGUUCCUGGUGACGGUAUCGUACCAUUUGUCGCGUUGUGCCAGCGAUUACACUUACAUCUGGGCGGUGAUCAAGUCGAGCCUGCUUACGCACUCGGAUUACGAUGAUUCUUCGAGUAAGGAAGACUCGAAGAUAUCGUCCGAUUCGUGCGACGAUGGAAAGGACGAUGGCCGACGACAUUCAAGCGGUGACGGAGGCGCCGAUGGUUCGGCCCGAUCGACCGAUGAGAUGAAUCGUGACUUCGACGAAGAAGCCGGUCGGGAUGCAGCUGCGAAAGAGCUGGAUGAUCCAUUGCCGCGCAAGCUGCAGGAUACGGUUACGGGUCGGUUGAAAAAUGAUGCCGUUGUGUGCGUGGUUCUGUCGUUGGCCAUGUUUAGCUUGCACUGCAGUACGGUGUUUACGGUGCUGCAGCCAGAAAUCAAUCACGUACUGCAUUCGGGUGCCUGUAUUCUUGGAUUUCUGAUGCAUUACAUUGUACCACAGCUGCGCAAACAUCUGCCGUGGCUGUGUAUUGCGAAACCGAUUCUAAAACCGGAAGAGUUUGGGUUGUUCGAGGUGCACAAGCUGUCGAAGAUCAUGUGGUUCGAGACGAUGUACGUGGUGCUGUGCUUCUUUGAGCGUAACAUUCUCUAUCCGCUCAUCUUCAUCAGCGCACUGACCGCUGAUUGUGGUCAGAUUGCGGACAAAUUUGGUCUCACGUUUGGUUCGAUCCUGAUCGUAAUGUGCAGUUUGAAAUGUGUACGCAAUGCAUAUUCUGACACUGGCAGCCAAUACAUUAUACUGAUAUUCACGGUGCUUUUCUUCCGCCUGGACUACAAACUGUCGAGCGAAACGUUCCUGUUGGACUAUUUUCUCAUUUCCAUCAUCUAUCGUAAGAUUGCAGAAUUUUUGUUAAAGCUUCAAUUUGUAGUUACGUACAUUGCUCCGUGGCAGAUAACGUGGGGUUCAGCGUUUCACGCCUUUGCCCAACCGUUCAGUGUACCACACUCAGCAAUGCUGUUUCUGCAGACGGCAAUCAGUGCAAUCCUAUCGACACCUCUUAAUCCAUUCCUUGGAAGUGCCAUAUUUCUCACCUCUUACGUACGUCCGAUUAAGUUCUGGGAGCGUGAUUACAAUACUCGUCGCAUCGAUCACUCAAACACACGGUUGAGCUCGCAGCUCGAGCGUGAUCUCGGUGCGGAUGAUAACAAUUUAAACAGUAUAUUCUACGAACACCUGACGCGAUCGCUGCAGCACUCACUUUGCGGUGAUCUGCUGAUGGGUCGCUGGGGAAACGUCAGCCAGGGAGAUUGCUUCGUGCUUGCCUCUGACUAUUUAAACUGCCUUGUACACAUUAUCGAGCUCGGCAAUGGACUGUGUACAUUUCAAAUGCGUGGACUCGAAUUUCGGGGCACCUACUGCCAGCAGCGGGAAGUGGAAGCAAUCUCGGAAGAGGUGGAAGACAAUAUUGGAUGCUGUUGUUGCGCGAUCGGCCAUCUGCCACGUAUGUUAAGUGCCAACGCAAUGUUUACGACACGCUGGUUAGCUUGGCAGGUAAUGGCGUCGAAGUACGUGCUGGAGGGCUACUCCAUCUCGGAUAACUCGGCCACUGCCACGAUGCAGGUGUUUGAGUUUCGCAAGGUGCUCAUAUCGUAUUAUGUGAAGAGUAUCAUCUAUUACACGUUACGAUCGCCAAAACUGAUGAGCUGGCUCCAGUCGCAGGCAAUUGAGGAAGCGCUCGAACACACAACCGACCGACAGUUUGUCGAUUUAGAUCCCGUGUUCAACAUCAAUCUAGACGACGACUACGAUUCGCGGGCAGCUGGCAUUACGCGUAGCAGUUUUUGGUGCGUGUAUGGCGAAUGGAUACAGUUUUGUAGCGACAAAAAACGUCAACAGCUGCAGGCGGCUCUUAAUGAGCGUACGCCAAGGAAAACCACGGGAGCUGCCAGAGCUGGCACUACAACUGGUGCCUCUGCUCCUGGUGAUAGUGCAGGUGGUAAUUGUUUUGUAUCUUCAUCAUCAAACGCUAACGUAACCAAAGCGGAUAGUAGUAGCGGUGCGCUUAAGGAUGGAAAAGCAUCUUCGGAAGCCACUGCUGCCACCAACACUGGUUCAACUGUAUUAGAUGGUUGGCUGGAGGCCGGAUCUACCGACGUUGGUACGAAUAAGGCGGAGUGUGGCGAAUCUAGUGGAACGAACGGGAACAAUAGGCCUGUGGGAGCGUCCUCGAAUGGAGCAUCCAGUGGUUCGCAUGCGAACGGUGCGGGUUCCUCGAAUAACGGUUCGAAUGGUUCUGCAAAUGGAGCGGCUUUUUUCAAAUCGACUCGCGAUUCAUUGGUGACUUCGCUAUGCAUGUCUUUGGCACUGUUGGCACGAAGAACUCUUGCGACCGCUAGCCACAGUUCGUCGUGUGGUGUGGAAUUCUUUCUCCACGGAUUGCAUGCAUUGUUUAAGGGCGAUUUUCGCAUCACUUGUCCCAGAGACGAGUGGGUAUUUGCCGAUAUGGAGCUGCUGCAUGGUGUUGUGGCUCCGGCCGUCCGAAUGUCUCUAAAGCUCCACCAAGAUCAUUUCCUCUGUCCGGACGAGUACGAUGAUUACAGCAAUCUGUAUAAUGCGAUCGAUUUCCACACCAAGGAACUGGUGAUAUCGCACGAAGCAGAUCCGUUGUGGCGUAAUGCGGUGCUCAGAGGAACACCCAAUUUGCUCGCCUUGCGUCAUGUUAUGGACGACGGUUCAGAUGAGUAUCGUGUGAUAAGACUUACGAAGCGUUUUCUUACCUUUCGUGUGAUCAAACUGAACCGGGAAUGUGUCCGUGGUUUGUGGGCUGGCCAGCAGCAGGAGCUCAUCUAUCUACGCAAUCGCAAUCCCGAACGGGGCAGCAUACAGAACGCGAAGCAGGCACUACGCAACAUCAUCAAUUCGUCGUGCGAUCAACCGAUCGGGUAUCCGAUCUACGUAUCACCGCUCACGACUUCAUAUGCGGAAACAAACGCACAGCUCUGCCGCAUAAUCGGUGGUGAAAUAACGCUGGAAAAAAUACAAUCCAUGCUGAUUCGGACCUGGAAACGUAUUCGGCAACGAUGCCGCGAAGGUUGCAGCAGUGGCAGUGCAAUUAUUGAGGGGGAAAUGACAGAGAUGCAGGGCGUGUACUGUAAUACGCCGACGCCAAAUAAUACGCUUUCCGGCACGGCAGGUACGCUGUCGUACGGCAGCCAAAACAUGUCCAUCUCGGGUGCUGUGGCGAAUCGUGGCAGUAUGGCGAGUAUUAAUAAACCGACCAGCUCGACACUGUUAGCUGGGUUUUUGAUACGCGAGCGGGACGCAGAACGGGAAGCGAUGGCAAUGGGUACGGUGGGUGUGCGCGAACGGAGCACGAUCGCUAAGCGCAACGUUGGAAGCACUAGCAAGGAUCGGAUCGAUUGGGGAGCGCUGCAGAUAAAUAAGCGAGACUCGUUCCGGGAAGUGUUGGCGGAGGCUGUCGCGGCGGCAUCGGGUGGAACCGGUGGUAGCGGGAACGAUAGUUCGGUCGGUGCGGAUGACGAAAGUCAGAGUACGGCUGGUGGCAGUCCUAAUGCUACGCUGAAGCAGCAGGGCAGCGUCGAAUCGUCGUCUGGUCACGCUAGUGGGUAUAUCCAUAAAGCGAACGUUCCUUCAUCGAUGCUCUGUAGCGGUGGUCCUGGGUUUAGUUCGGCACUUGCCAGCGGUGGCAGUGGCGUAGCAGCUGGUAGCCGCAUUCCCGGAGUACCAGGUACGCUGACGUUUACUCUCUCUCCACCGGACGAUACACCGUACUCGUUGUUUGUAAUGGGCGAGACGCAAUCGGACGAAUCCAAACCCGGUAUUCAGUGGCUACAUUCAGCGCCAGCCAUUGGACUGAACAAGAAAGUAAUAAUAGUGGAUGCGUCACAGAUUUAUGAUUGCUUAGACCUCGGUCGUCGAAUCGAUGUAACCUGGCCAUGUGAACAAUUUCGGUCCAGCGGAGGUCGCUCGUCGUGGAAGGAAUGGAGCCCACAGGAGGGUAUGGUGGGCAACGUCGUCCACUAUUGGCAACCAAACCAUCCGGAUCAUCAUUUUCGUUCGAACGUGAAUCGCACCAUCCUGCUAGUGAAGAUUGGCGAUCGGCACGUACCGAUCGGUGAAAAGGGCAUAAAGGAGUACAAUACGAUUGGGUUGGUCGGACCGGAUGCACUCCCAAUCGUCGUUAAGGCUGAUGAAUCCGGCAGCGUAACGCCGGCACGCCAGCAUUCCCUAGAUAAUACGGGCAGUGGAGACACUUCUGUUGCAGCUUCAACGGAAUUACCGACGACUGUGCCGAACGAGCGCACCUCCAGUGGACAGAGCGAGGUGCAACUGAAUCAGUGUGAGGCACAAGUUACUUCCACCUCAUGUGAACCAACGCAUCAGAGUGUUGUUGAAACUCAACCAAAGGGAGAUUUAGAAAGUAUGGAACAGCAGGAUGCAUCUUCAUCAGUGGAUGCAUCGCCUACGAAACAUUAACGGCACUGCAAACAGACUAAUAACACACAUGCAUCGCCCGUUGCAUCGCGUCCUCGAAACACAUCACAUAAGGAUUUACUAUGCAACUUCUACUAUCAGCAUGACAGUCUGUUGGUGUUGGUAAGUUGUGCAACAAGCUUCAAGUUAUAAUGUAAAAAGCUCUAUUUUCAUCAUCGCCUUAUUCAUGUUAUAGUUGAAUUGUAACGAACCGUGGUUUUGGAUCGAAACACGUUUCGUCUGGUGGGAUUUUCAUUGCCAAAAAAAGACGACCAGUUGUAAUAGUGUUACUUGUAUUUGGAACACUACAGAACGCAGUCAUUUAGGUACUGGUCCGGGUGUAGUAGCGAAAAGUGUCAUUUGAUGCGGGCAGUAUCUGUUAGAUAGUGUAGUCUUGGAGAAACAGUAACGAUGGAUGAGGAUUGAACGAUUGUUGAUAAGAAUAACUCUUCACGAUAAGCUUGUGAGAAUUAGGUUCCUACCUAAACGUAAACCGUUACAUAUGCAAAACCGACAUCGAGUGAGUCAAAGUUGUGUGCAGCGUUUUUUUUUGUUAUCCGCCGUUUCAGCUGAACAGUUUUCAGUAUUGCUGCUGCGCUUUAGCUACAAAAUUGUAUUAUGUUGUCAUUGUGAAUCCUUCACAACCUAUCACUUGUUUUUAUGCAAUAUCAGUGUUUUUUUUAUUUGUCAUUACGUUAACUAUCUUUGAAACGUACAGCAGUAGUUUCAAAACGAAAAAUAUUCUAAUCAAUCCGGCGUAUUACAAGCGUCACCAGUAGUUGUUGCAGGCAAUCUAACAGUGGUUAGUUUCUUUUUUUGUGGUAAACUUUUAAACUUUUAGCAAGUUUUGUAUUGAACAACACUUUGCUUCGCCACGAUGCAAAGGUUUUAAUCGACUUUUCUUUUAUUAGCUAGCAAAAAAUAAUAAAGCAAAAAAAUCGGAAAGCGCAGGGAAGAAGGUAGACUCGUGUUGAAUGGCAUCGUAUUAAGUAUGAACCGAUACACAUCCGUUGCGAUAAAUGGAUGCGUGCGAUCAGAGCGCGAUCAAGGUAAAUUCCCUUUCAAUCCCCUAAAAUGAAAUCGAAAACAAAUAAAAACAACAAACAGACAAACUACAAGGGAUCGCGAUGAAAUGUGAUAAUUAACGUUUAAGUGAAGAAGAAAUCAUAUAUCGUGUAACAUAGAUUAAAAGAUGGAUCGCUUGCCUCUAUUACGCUUUAGGAAUGGUUUUAAGGAUUGUAUAAUAAACCCCUCUAGAUAGGACCAGGAAUACAUAAAAAAUAGGAAGAAGUGAAACAAGGAUUUAAAUAGAAAAACGAAAAGAAACAUGGAACUAACCAACAAUGCUAUAUCGACACGUUUACUCGUUAUAUCGAAAAAUCGUUGAAUUAUUACGUAGAUCACGAAACUAAUGUUUACACAACCAUCCUAAAAGCAAGACAGUAAGCAAAAAGGCAUUCUCUGGAAUCAUUGUGUGACGAGUAUGUAAGAUACGAUUCUUGGCUGCAUGUGAAAGCGGUCAGCGUCACGCAGUGAAAUGGAGGCUUCAACUGAAGAAUGCUUACAAUCCUAAUUUACAAUACCCCCACGUUCGUUCGGUGAAUUGAGGAAGAUUGUUUUUAGGGUAGUUUGCCUAGUUAGUUAAUUACUUUACACCGGUUCAUCAAAGGUACGAUGGGUAUAGGGGAAGCACCGAAAAUGGAUGGUUAGUCGCGCGUAGAUUGUUAUCAACUAUCACAAGACCGGAGCCAGCUUCCGUCAGGGUGUUAUUAGUAUCAAACGCAUGGAGCGAGAUAGGGAAAGAAAGGAGAUAUAAUGUUGUUUUUACUGUCUGAUGUUGAUAUGUUCCAUACUAUUUCGCUUUUGUAUGUACAUAUCGGUUUAAUUAGGAAGGAAAUGAAUUGGAAAAAGGGAUAUGGGCGAAAAAGAAAAAGAGAGAGAGCGAGAGUGAGUGGCAAGCUACAUCGAGAAAGCACACUUAUCGCAAAGAGACAUAUAACGAAACGCUCUUAUUAUACGACUACUAUCAAGCGAUCAUGAUAGUGUAGCAAACCAAACAAAAAAAAACCAUAAGAACGAGAAGUUGCAGAGCCUGAAUUUUGGUGAAGCGGUUAUUAUUUUGUUUUGUUUCUGUUACAAAUGUAAUCAAACUCGCUCUUGGAAAUCUAGAACGGAUUCACAAGUUUUGCCUUUUUUUAACAA